GCUGUGAGACGCCUGAUCAGCCAGACUUACUCCCUCAGGACCCCUCCUGGCCCAGCCUCCUCUCACAUCCAUCAGGCAGGAGAUUUAAACCAGUGCUGGGCUGGGAGUGCCUGGGCUAAACCAUAAACAACUACAAGGAAACCCUCUGACUUUAGAAACUCUGCAGGAUAAAGGGAUGUUUGCCACUGAGCCCGGGCUGGGAGACACUUUAAUGGGACUAUAAGGGUCACAGUGGAUUCUUCCAGGUUAUGUACAUCUGAGAUUUAACAAGUGCUUAAUAUUCCUUGAGAAGAGAGAGAGACCCCAACAGAACAAGAUGUCCACACUGAUAGACACCAGCAUGGGCUCUCUGCAGAUAGCAACAAGUAUGGAUCGCUCUUGUACGCCAUCUCCACCAAACUCGCCAAACCUGCACAACGAGAGCUGUAAUAUUGCUCCUCUCACUCCGUCCCAGUCACCGCCAAGUGAGCAUCGGACAAUGAGAAGGGCUCAGUUCUUCGUAGUUGUGGCAAUAGAUUUUGGAACCACUUCCAGCGGCUACGCUUUUAGUUUUUCGAAAGACCCAGAAGCCAUUCACAUGAUGAGGAAAUGGGAAGGGGGUGACCCUGGUGUUGCCCAUCAGAAAACCCCCACAAGUUUGCUGCUAACCCCCGACAAGAGCUUUCACAGCUUUGGCUACACGGCCAGGGAUUACUUCCAUGAUCUGGACCCUGAAGAGGCCAGGGACUGGCUGUACCUUGAGAAGUUUAAAAUGAAGAUUCACAGCACAAGUGAUCUCACCAUGAAAACAGAACUGGAAGCUGUAAAUGGCAAAAAGGUCCAGGCAUUGGUGGUAUUUGCCCAUGCACUGAGGUUCUUCAAGGAGCACGCAGUGCAGGAGUUGAGGGACCAAUGCCCAUCUCUGAAUGAAAAAGAAGCAAUAAGAUGGGUGAUAACUGUGCCAGCCAUAUGGAAACAGCCUGCGAAACAGUUCAUGAGGGAAGCUGCGUACCUGGCUGGUUUAGUAUCUCCUGAAAAUCCUGAGCAGCUGCUAAUUGCUUUGGAGCCUGAAGCUGCCUCAAUUUACUGCCGAAAACUCCGACUCCAUCAACUCAUUGAUCUUAGCUCUAAGGCAUUUUUCAAUGGCUAUUCAACCGACCGCACAAUAGACUCCAGCUUCAGACAAGCAAGAGAGCAGCUCCGACGAUCUCGACACAGUCGGACAUUUCUAGUGGAGACCGGAAUGGGCGAGCUAUGGUCAGAAAUGCAAGCAGGGGACCGUUACAUUGUGGCAGACUGUGGGGGAGGAACGGUGGAUCUCACAGUUCAUCAGAUUGAACAGCCGCAGGGAACACUCAAGGAACUUUACAAAGCAUCAGGGGGUCCAUAUGGAGCUGUUGGGGUAGAUCUCGCCUUUGAAAAGAUGCUGUGCCAGAUAUUUGGAGAAGAUUUCAUCCAGACUUUUAAGGUGAAGCGGCCAGCGGCCUGGGUUGAUCUGAUGAUUGCUUUUGAGGCACGGAAGAGAACAGCGGCUCCCCAAAGGUCCAACCACCUCAACAUUUCUCUGCCGUUCUCCUUCAUUGACUUCUUCCGGAAACACAAGGGACAGAACGUGGAGACGGCUCUAAGGAAGAGCAGGUAUUUAAACUAUGUGAAGUGGUCAUCGCAAGGAAUGCUGCGGAUGUCCUCCGAGGCUAUGAAUGACCUGUUCCAGCCGACCAUCUGUCAGAUAGUUCAGCACAUAGAGGACCUGAUGAAAAAACCAGAGGUGAAAGGCAUAAAAUACCUGUUUUUGGUUGGGGGCUUCGCAGAGUCUCCAAUGCUACAGAAUGCCGUCCAAACAGCUUUCAGUGAAGUCUGUCGUGUCAUUAUACCACAAGAUGUUGGUCUCACCAUACUCAAAGGAGCUGUCCUUUUUGGCUUGGACCCCACCAUAGUGAGAGUUAGACGUUCCCCAUUAACCUACGGAGUUGGUGUUCUCAACAAGUUUGUGGAAGGGAAGCAUCCAAAAGAAAAACUUCUUGUGAAAGAAGGAAAGAAUUGGUGCACUGAUAUUUUUGACAAAUUUGUUUCAGUGGAUCAGUCAGUGGCCCUUGGAGAUAUUGUUCAACGUAGCUACUGCCCAGCUCGACUUGGCCAACGCAAAAUCAUCAUCAACAUUUAUUGCUCAUCUACAGAUGACGUGGUAUACAUUACUGAUCCCGGUGUAAGGAAGUGUGGAACCAUAAACCUGGAAUUGCCAGACAUAAAUGAGUCCAAUGCAAAACUGGGUCGCCGGGAGAUCAAAGCCAGUAUGCAGUUUGGGGACACUGAAAUUAAAGUGACUGCCAUGGAUGUUAAAACUUCAAAGACAGUGCGAGCCGCCAUAGAUUUCCUUUCCAACUGACAAAGUUAUCAUCCCAUUUAAUAAUAAUUUCUAGCACAUUUUGUAAAUUAUAAAGAAACAGCUACAUUUUGGGGACUAACAUAUUUUACACCAUUAAAUGAUAAAGAAGACUGUAAUCUGUGUUAGAACUCAGUUCUAUUGGCAAAUAAUUUUCACAAGACUCUCGUUAAAAGUUAACAAGGAAUUUUUACCACUUGGGAAACCAAUUCGAGCACUGCAACUUUAUAAGAAAUUACAGUUGUACUAACAUAUGCAGAAAUGAAUGGUGUAUUUUAUGAUUAUGUUGAGUGGAUACUAUAGCAACAGUAGAAUCCAGUUUUCUUGUGUCAUGAAUUAGAGGGCUUGAAUGCAUUUUAAUUGAUAAUCUACUGUACAUGAAGUGUUAGAUUGUUUGCAAGGUAUCUCUUCUCUUUGUUUGCAGGAACAGAUGACAACACUUUGUACAUUAUUUUAAUUAGUUCAAACUUAAAAAAAAACAAAGGACUAAUUCUAUGGACAAAUCAAUUUUACAAAAAGACAAAAAAACAACAAUUUUAAAAUGCAUUUUCUUACUACUGAAAUAGUUUAGCGUAAAAAUAGGCAUUGUUACCAAAGCUCUUAUAUUAUGUUUUAUACCUAAAAUCUAUGCACAAUAUUAUUCAGGAUAAUCAUUUUCAUUUUAUCUAUCCACAUAUAUCUUACUCAGUGUUUUAAAUAUCUUACUAAAUUUCAUUUUCUUUAAAAUUGCCAGUUAUUUCGUCUACAUAUUUUAUAUGAAAACUUUUAUAUGUACUCCAAAAUUUUAUUUUUGUAUUUGUAACCCUAGUUCUGCUUUCUAAGUGGUUUAUGAUAUUCAUAAUGCUUGAUAUGUGCAAUUUAUAAUCCAGUUGAAGUAAACAAUAACCCAUGUUUUAACCUAUUUACUUCUGAAUAUUUUUUUAAACAUAAAUGUCAAUGGUCUAUAUGAGGUAGCCAAACAAGUCAUAGGCUGAACAUGCCAGUAACAUUAUUAUUUCAGGCUAAACUUUGAAAAAUCAUUUAAAAAUUAACAGAAGGUUUUCCAUUAAAGUCUUUUCUUUCCUAACAGUACAAUUCAGUUAGAGACUUUUGUUGAUUGCCACUUAAAGGGGCAUUGUACAUUAGAUUUUUCUUAGCAUAAAUGUUUUGUAGAUGACCCAUUUAUAUAGCCCAUCUGGGUGUGUUUUUGUAAAAAUGUAUAGUUUUGCUUCUUUUUAAAUAAUAUUGUGCUGAUUUUCCCCAAAA